AUGGCGUCGCCCAUCUGGCUGUUUAGCCUCCUGCAAGUAUUUCUGGGACUUGCCGGAAUGACAUGGAAGUUGAGUGAAGGCUAUCCAAUCAUGCAUGUCCAUGCAGCCCUGGACGCUUCCUCAUGGCUCGAGAUGUGCACCGGCACGUCGGCAGCCUCGUUCCAGUCCAACUGGCCCUGGUUUAUGCUUCAUCUGGUCCUCUACGCCGGCCAACUAGCAGGGUUCGUCUUGAUCGUCCUGCACGAGACGGUGCCGCACACGGGGCCGGUCCGCGGCUUCGGGUAUGUACACCGCAGAGCCAUCAGUUUCCUCCCACCAGCGCCGGCAAAUGCUAACCACGAUGCGCGCCGCAGCCUCGUUGCCGCAAUGGCCUGCAUCUCCUGCUGCUUCGGCUUCUCGACAGCCAUGCCCAUCGUGUCCCUCUGGAUCCAUGUCCUGCACCGCCGCCCGGCCCAGAGCGUGGCCGCAGGACAAGCGCGGAAAUUGGCCCUGCGAACCGCCUUCUGGCUCACGGGCGUCACACACGUCGGUGCCUUCCUGGUGGCCUUUGCAGCAACCGCCGUGUCUCGGGACCGGGGGCCGUUCCAUCUCAUGAACAGUCUGCUCGGGGUGCCCGACUGCUCAGUGUCGCAGCUCGCGUGCGCGCCGGCGGCGCAGGGACAGGCCCGAGUGCGGCAGAUGAAUGAAAUGACGGGCACGUCGAGCGGGUUCUUCCUGGCCAUGGGGCUCUUUUGCCAAGCGCUCGCGGCGGCCGGGAGGCGCAUGGGCUGGAGGCUGCUGGCGAGGAUGUUUCUUGUCAGUUUGGUCGUGGGCCCGGCCGCGGGCGCUGCCGACGCGCUGGUGCUGAGGGAUGCGUUGAUCGGGCUCGGAGACGGCACGAGGGACCACAGGGAGACGAGGAAAUCCGAGUAG